AAUACCACUCAUAUACUUUUACGUUCCCAUAAAUCUGAUUACACAUUUUUCUCUCAUUAUUCUCAACAGCAAAUCUACAUCCCAGAAUCUAGCUAGCCUUAUCAACCGAACAAAGAAGUUUGCAAAAUAAAGUGAUACGAUAUGGAACAGAAUUUGCCAGUGAUAGCAAAAAAGUUCUGGAACAUAGUGCGAGUGGCAUUUUUCAUGUUGAGAAAAGGCAUAUCAAAGCAAAAGCUAAUGCUUGAUAUAAAAUUAAUGGUGAAGCGUAGCAAAAUUGGUAGCUGCAAAUCUGCUGUCCAAAAUCUUAUGUUUCACCACACCCAUCAUUUGUCCUUGAACAAACGAAACAAGCACACUACUACUCUCUCUGCCAAUGAAAACGACGUAGUUUUUGUGGAUGAAGCUGUGGUUAAUGCGUUGGAAAUGAUUCAGAGUACUGAAACUGCAUAUUCUCCUGCUAAUAAUUUGCCUGGUUUUGGGAGGACUCCUAUAGUGAGGCAACUUAGGGUUACGGACUCGCCUUUUCCUCUAAGAUCAGAAGAAGAUAAUUAUAACCACGUAGAUGAAGCAGCUGAUGAAUUCAUUUCCAAGUUUUAUAGGAAUCUGAGGCGGCAAUCUUCGCUUUCUGCUGCUUAAUGUUAAAAGAAUUCUUGCUUGUUAUUGUUCUUGUUAUAGGCAAUAUACUAUAAGUAAGAACUAUUAUGAAGAUAAUUGGGUGUAGUCUCUACAUCUACAUGGGGUGUAGUUGUGUUUUUGACAAAAGAUUUCGUUUUGAUUGUGUAAACAGAACGAAAUUCUAAUGAACAAGGAAUAUUUGAUUGUAAAUAAGAAAAUGGUUUGAAGUUGAUAAGGUGGAGAAAACGUAUUCCCCUGUUUUCUAUUAA